AUGAAGCACCAUUUGAUGAUAGGGACGUGGACGCCUCCCGGAGCAAUCUUCACGGUAGAAUUCGACGACGAAGCCUGGACCUUGAAAUUGGUCAAGCGAACCGCCAUUCCUGAAGAUGAGCCUAUAUCAUGGAUGACGUUUGAUCACCAAAGAAAGAACAUCUAUGGAGCUUCCAUGAAGAAGUGGUCCAGCCACGCUGUCGACGCACCGGACAAUAUCUCACACGAGAUCUCACAUCCCAUGAGCCAUGACCCUCGGGCACAGAGCGCUGAGACCCGCACCAGGGCCAUCUUCGUUCUGGCAGCCAAGCAGCCACCUUACUGUGUCUAUGGCAACCCAUUCUACGAGCACGCAGGCUACGGCAAUGUCUUUUCUGUCGACAACACUGGCAAGCUCGACAAGAACAUUCAGAACUACGAGUACAGCGAAAAGUCGGCCAUCCACGGCAUGGUCUUCGACCCGACCGAGACGUAUCUGUACUCUGCCGACAUGUGGGCGGACAAAAUCUGGACACACCAAAAGGCAAGCGACGGCACGCUCACCUUGGUUGGCAGCGUCGAUGCACCUUCCACCGGCGACCAUCCUCGAUGGGUUGACAUCCACCCCGGCGGGAAGUAUCUGUAUGUGUUGAUGGAAGCUGGAAACAGGCUGGGUGAAUACGUGAUUGACGAAAAGACUCAUCUGCCUGUCUUUACGCACAACAUCUAUCCGUUGGUUCCUCCAGGUGUUCGAGAUCUCAAGAAGAUGUACAGAUCAGACGUGGUGUUUUGUUCCCAGAGUGGAAAACAUCUCUUCGCUACGGCGAGAUCCAAUUCGUCCAGCGUGACGGGCUACAUUAGCGCUUUCAAGCUGGGGCCGCAGGGGCAGAUCGAGCGUCAGUUAUGUAUCAGUCCAACGCCUAAUAGUGGUGGUCAUUCGAAUGCUGUCAGUCCGUGUCCGUGGACCGACGAGUGGUUGGCUUUGACGGAUGACCAGGACGGUUGGAUAGAGAUUUACCGGUGGCACGAUGAGUAUCUUUCCAGAGUGGCUCACUUGGAUAUCAAGGAGCCUGGGUUUGGCAUGAAUGCGAUAUGGUAUGACUAG